AUGGCACCAGCCUCAGGUUCGCAUGUCGACUCCAAUGCCUCGAGACAAGGCAUACGAUCGCCGCCAAAUUCAGCGGCUCACAUAUCGCAUCUCCGACCUCGCUACCCGACGGAAGCUCGCCGAAAAGACUCGUUUCCCGCGGCCCAGCAGCUGGCCCAGUCAAUCUCGUCCACCGAAACGCUUGAAGCUGCCGUCACGGAAGGAGCGCAGCUGGAAGAAGCCCCGAAUCUCCUCGACUCAGCCCAGUCCACUGAGCACGCGCCAGUCUCAAUCCUCGAAGCGGCCACGAAAAUUGCUUGCGACAAAACGGCUGCCCACAGCGCCAAGCUGGCAGUCUUACGGGUCUUUAGCGAAUCAUUCGAACAAGCAGCAAAGCAGUUCACGGCGGGCGAUACGGCAAUGCUCCAAGCUGCGUCAACUCAAGGACAUGAGAAGGUGGUCCAGACGCUGCUCGACAAAGGUGCUGAUGUCAACAUCCAGGGCGGAGAGGACGGCAAUGCUCUUCAGGCUGCUUCCUUGAAGGACACGAGAAGGCACGGCAAUGCUUUUCAGGCUGCCUUAUGUGGAGGACACGAGAAGGUUGCUCAGAUGCUGCUCGAGAAUGGACAUGAGAAGGUGGCCCAGAUGCUGCUUGAGAAGGGAGCCGACGUCAACGCUAAGGAUGGCAAUGCUCUCUGCGCUGCUUCAUAUGGGGGGCACGAGAAGGUGGUCCAGAUGCUGCUCGAGAAUGGUGCCAACGUCAACACUCAGAGUGAAAGGCUGCCGCAGCACAUUUAG